AUGCCCAUAGGGGGCCCAGGGGCAACCUCAGGUGGUCUCUCUUCGAGGAGUGGGCUGCUCUCUAUUGGAGGAGGAGAGUCUACCAGUAGAGCCAUCACAGGAGGCAGUAGCUCAGUGUCAGUAUCCUCCUCUGCUGCAGCCGGGUCUGUGGGUGGAGCUAAGUCUGGGUACGGAGGGGGAUCCGUCAGCAAAUCAACCACCAUUACCACUAUAGAGUCCCCCUCUUUAUCCCCUGGUGCUUCAGGGGCCUCUGGCGCAGCUUUUCGGUCUUCAGGGGCUUCGGGGGCAUCGUUCGGGGCGAGCAAGACCAGCGGCUCCCUCUCCGUUUCUGGAGGGGGUCUUAUGUCUAGCUCCAGUUCCAGUUUUGUCACUGGUUCCAGUUCUGGUGGUUCCAGUUCUGGUUUUGUCUCUAGUUCCAAAGGAGCAGGAGCAGGAGGAGGCGGUUUUGUCACUGGUUCUAGUUCUGGUUUUGUCUCUAGUUCCAAAGGAGCAGGAGCAGGAGGAGGAGGAAACAGUUUUGUGACUGGUUCCCGUUCUGGUUCUAGUUCUGGUUUUGCCUCUAGUUCUGGUACCGGAAUCGGAGGAGGGGAUUCUUCUAGUGCCAAAAUGUCGACCGGCGGCUUGGGCUCUGUGACCGUUUCCACGGUUACCAAGUCCAACUACAGCUCCUUGGCGGGGACGGGUUCAGGGGGCGUGAAAAGGGGCGGGGCACAGGGGUCUGCAUCCUCUUCUGUCAGCUACUCCCCCACCCCCAUGGAGAGAAAAAGCAUGACCACCACCAUGAUCGCCCGCUCCAUGGGCUACGAAGGAAGAUCCAGUGGAAACUCAUCUCCGGAAUACACAAGGAGAGAAUAUGCUGCCAGUGCACCCACCAGAGGGCGGAGCCACAGCAGAGAGAGUGAGAUCAGAUGCAGACUGCAGAGUGCCUCUCCCACUGCCAAAAGAUGGACGGAGCUGGAUGAUGUGAAGCGGCUGCUGAAGGGGAGUCGCUCCAGCAGCAUCAGCCCCCCUCGCUCCCCCACCAGCACCCUCCCUAUCCCCAGGAAGGCCAGCGUAGAGACCAGAACCAUGCCAAACAGCUCCCAGUCAGGCCAGUACGACAGUGCCACCCUGGACUCAGUAAUGCCUUCCUACGUGUGGUCAGGCCCCACGGCUGGAGGCUAUGGUUACCAAAGCAACGCCAUCAACCGGUCCCCCACCUCCACCCUCCAACACUCACCCACCACACUCACAGUUCACGGUAUGCAGAAUAACCUGGCCAGCACCACUGGCGGUAUCCUAACAGCUAAUGGAGUCAACGCACAAACAGUCUAUGGUGUGCAGAAGAAUGGCACAAGCACAGGGGUGUCCACAACCGCAGUGGCACCCAGCAGUCCUACCAGUGACGAGGUCUUCGCCAAAGAAUACAAAUUCAUGCUGCUGGAGAAAGAGAAAGCUCCCGUCAAAAAGGAGACGGAGAGACUCAUCAUGGCCAAAGAUACCGGCAAACAGUUCUCCUCUGCUGGCACUGCUAUUGCCUAUUCUGAGGACUCACUGAAGAAGGAGAAGAAGAAGGUGUCCAGCUUUGUGGAGCCAGCUACAGCCAGAACCACAGAAACUAACGUCUCAACGAAAGACAAAGCAACCUAUGCAGAGAUACGUAAGGACGAGUCUGGAGGAGGCUUCUGGUCCUGCUGUUCCUGGUUGAAGUGGCUGCUGGGCCUCCUGCUGGGUCUUCUGCUCCUCCUGGGGCUCCUCCUGGGACUCAUCGCCCUGGCCGAAGAAGUCAAACGUCUUAAAGCUCGUGUGGACGCCUUGGAACAAGCCUCCAGCUCUUCCUCAACCUCCUCUCCCUCCUCUACCACACUGCUCCGCUCUGAUAAUGGUAUCAAUCUGGGAGUGGCAGCAGGAGCAGGUCCAGGAUCAGCUAAUGGACCAGGCCAAGACCCUGUAGCUCUGCAAAGGGCAGUACAGCAGAUAGUCAGGACUGAGCUGCAGUCGGAUACUGUACGAGCAACACUUGCACAAUCAAUGAAAGGAGCGAGAGGAGAGCCUGGGACCAAAGGUGACCAAGGUGGUCCAGGAGUCAAAGGUGAUAAUGGAUUCCCUGGCCUACCAGGUCCUCCAGGUCAGAUGGGUCACAGUGGACAGGAGGGCCCGAGGGGACCUAAAGGAAAUGCAGGUGAAGCUGGUGCAGAGGGCUCCCCAGGCCAGAAGGGCCGAGAAGGACAAACGGGAUCACGUGGAGAGCCUGGUCCUCCAGGGUUUGGAGAGAAAGGGGACAAAGGUUCUCCUGGUGAACCCGGAGGGCCCGGGCCUGCUGGCACUGCUGGGCCUGUCGGGCCUAAAGGAGAGAAGGGACCAGCUGGACCUCCAGGAAAUAAGGGCGAGCCAGGAGAGAAAGGACUCCGCGGAACAUCAGGUGACCCAGGUCAAAGAGGACUUCCAGGACCAGACGGAGCAAAUGGAUCCAAAGGACCUGCAGGUGCUCCCGGGGCUGACGGUGAAAAAGGCUCUAGAGGUGACAAGGGAUCGGAUGGGUUGCAAGGUCCCAGAGGACCAGCAGGACCUCCAGGAGAUUCAGGCCUCCCAGGCAUUCCCGGGCUUCAAGGUCCACCUGGUAUAGCAGGUAAUCCUGGUCAGCCUGGAGGUAAAGGCGAAGCUGGAGAACCUGGUAGAAUCAUCAAUGCAGGUAAUUCGGUUGCCAUCCCCGGACCUCCGGGCAGCCCCGGACCCACUGGUGUUUCCGGAUCCCCUGGACUCUCAGGUCCUGUUGGCCCUGCUGGUCUUCCUGGAACGCCUGGUCCCAGGGGAGAAAGGGGAGAGGAAGGAGAGAAGGGAGACCAGGGAAAGCCUGGUAUUACUGACGUGCACCUGCGGCUAGUCUUCCUGGCCCACCUGGCCCUCCAGGGCCCCCAGGAGAACCAGGUCCCCAGGGUAAGGGUCCCCCAGGUCCUGAAGGUCCUCAAGGACAGCCAGGUGUACAAGGUAAGGGUCCCCCAGGUCCUAAAGGUACUCAAGGAGAGCCAGGUGUACCAGGUAAGGGUCCCCCAGGUCCUGAAGGUCCUCAAGGAGAGCCAGGUGUACCAGGUAAGGGUCCCCCAGGUCCUGAAGGUCCUCAAGGAGAGCCAGGUGUAUCAGGUAAGGGUCCCCCAGGUCCUGAAGGUCCUCAAGGAGAGCCAGGUGUACCAGGUGUUGGUGUGCCCGGCCCCCGAGGUGAUAAGGGAGAGCCAGGUAGCUUCGUGCCCAACUCAGGAACCUUCUUCGCUGGGCCCCCAGGACCAACUGGUCUUCCGGGAUCACCAGGUGACCCAGGUCAGCCCGGUUUACCAGGAGUUCCCGGAGAUCCCGGUGUCGGUGGGUUUCCCUGGACCCCAGGGACAACCUGGAGGUCCAGGACCAGAAGGGGACAGUGGCCCUCCAGGGCCCCAAGGCCCAGAGGGCCCCGAGGGGCAACCGGGUCCAAAAGGUGAGGCUGGUGUUCCAGGUGCUCCAGGAAUCCCUGGCUACUCCAGUGGUGGAUCAUCCAGGAGUCCCCCUGGAGCACCAGGUCCACCUGGACCUCCCGGGGCUCCCGGCAAUGAUGGGCCACCUGGGUCUGGGGAUGGAACACCGGACGUCCGUCAAUACAUCACAGAAUACCUCAAGAGUGACGGUGUCAGGGAGUACAUGUCGGGUCCUCCGGGUCCUCCGGGUGUACCGGGGCCCCCUGGUGGCGAGUCAGUGGAUGAUCUUGCUAGUCGCGUCAUCGCGUACAUCCAGAGGGAGGAAGUGCGACCCUACGUCAUCGGUCCUCCUGGCCCUGCUGGACCUCCUGGCAUCCCAGGGAUCCCAUGGAGAGGAGGCUAUGGCUUUAAUACCCAUGAGGUGGCUGGACGAGUCCUCACUCUAAUGAAUGAUGCUGAAUACAGAGGCGUCUUGGGCGCUCAGGGGCCUCCUGGUCCACCUGGUGUUCCAGGCCCUGCUGGCCCUCAAGGCCCUGCCGGUCCUUCAGGUCAGGCCCCCUACAGCGGCUCUGGAUACAGGCUGGAGGAGGUCAAGGACUACAUACAGAGUGGUCUAAGAGGGGGAAUGUUUGGGCCCCCAGGCCCCCCAGGUACCCCUGGACCCCAGGGAAACAAGGGAGAGCAGGGUAACUCUGGGUACGGCCACGCCUUUGACCACAGGACCAGCGAGGGAAGAAGGCUGGCUGAGACUGAGACAGACUUCUCCAAUAUAGCGGUCCGAGUGACUGACUACAUCAAGUACCAUGGUCUGUUGAGGGACGUGGUUGAGAACCGGUCUCAGCUGGAGAAGUCACAGGUUGUUCAAGGACCCCCAGGACCCCCUGGCCCUCCCGGUGCGCCAGGAUUCAGCCGUGUGUUUGGUUCCCAUAGUAACGUCACUGACCUUAUGGAAUACAUCAGAGGUGACAAUAAUACAGUAUAA